CCAGACGUAGGUCUCAAUAUUUUCCAAUCCAUAUCCAACAAGAAACUCUUUAGCAGAACAAUCUGUAGAUUAUUACAAUUAACCACUAAUUUACAUAAUGGAAGGGUUGUGCAAGAACAAGAUCUCAUUAGCCCUACUUUUAAUUUGCCUAAUAGGGUUAGCCCGUGCCCAAAACGCCCCAGAUGACUACGUGAAAGCCCACAACGCGGCGCGAGCGGCGGUUGGCCUCGACACCUUGGACUGGGAUGAAGGCCUAGCAGAUUCUGCGAAAAACUAUGCGAACCAACGUGCCGGCGACUGCGACCUUGUGCACUCGAAUUCAGGCCCUGGUGAAAACCUUGCAAUGAGCCCGGACGGAGACUUGACGGCGAAAUUGGCUGUGGACCAAUGGGUGGCGGAGAAGGCCGAUUAUGAUUACAAGACCAACACCUGCACCCCUGGGAAGCAGUGUGGCCAUUAUACGCAGGUCGUUUGGCGUGACACGGGGCUUGUUGGGUGCGCCAAAGUCCAGUGCGCCUAUGGAGGUUCCUAUGUCGUUUGCCACUACGAUCCUGCAGGCAACUCUGUUGGGGAGAAGCCUUACUAAUAGGCUUAAUUGAUCACAGUGUGUGCCUGAAGGGAUCCUGGCCAUUAUUAUUUUUAUUUUUGGUCUUCUGAUUAAACCUAAAUCAUAAAAGGAAAAAUAGAAAAUAAUUCAUAGAUCGGAGAAUCAUUCGUGGAGCAUUUAUGCAUAUUUUGACUUGUUUUUUGUUUUUUAUUUCUUAUUUUCUUUUCUCUUCCCUUUCUUGGAAGUAAAGUGAAAGCGCUAUGCAAAUUGUAAAAGUUUGGCAAUCCAAUAAUUGUCAAGGGGGAUGUCUUGGCGACUUGAUUACUUCCUAUAGCUUUCUAGAUGUUGAAAUUUCCAUGUUUACAGAAAGAAACAAAAUAAUACAACUGAUGUAUAUUACGCACCAAUAAA